AUGGCAAGGAAGGAGCUGAAGAAAGGAAUAGAGAGAAGCAAGGAGAGCAGCUGGAGUAAUCUCUGCAGGCAGGUCGAAGAGGACCCAUGGGGCCUGCCAUACAGGCUCGUUACGAAGAAACUUCCUGGCAGGAGACCAAUCCAAGGGUUAACUUUGCCUGGCAGGAUCGAAAGUAUAGUAGAUACGCUAUUCCCGGCAGACGAGACUAUAGUUUGGCCAGUAGCAGACGCCAGCCACGGAUUCCACGAAAUAUCUAUCGAAGAGAUACGGCAAUGCGCCCGGGACAUCCCCACAGGCAAAGCUCCAGGCCCGGAUGGUGUCCCCGACAUGGUGGUUAAGAGAAUAGCCGAGCGCCGACCGGAAAUCUUCGCGCAAGCGUUCAACCAAUGCUUGGGGGAGGGCAUUUUCCCAGCUAUAUGGAAGAGGGCAGACCUAGUCCUGCUUCCCAAAGGGAACAAGCCACUGGACCUGCCGUCAUCGUACAGACCAAUCUGCCUCCUCAACACAACCGGAAAACUCCUCGAGCGCAUCAUUAAGGUCAGGUUAGAUAUGCACCUGGAGACCUUCGGCGGGUUUAGUGAGAGGCAAUAUGGAUUUCGCAAGGGAAAGUCGACGAUAGAUGCCAUAAGUCACGUCAUGGAAGUGAUCGACAGUAAAGGAUCGGGGCCGCUUUACCGCAGGGAGCUAGGCGCGCUGUUGACGCUGGACGUGGCAAAUGCGUUUAAUACAGCAAGAUGGUGUAAUAUCAGCGAAGGGCUAAUACGGAAGAAGGUCCCUGAAUAUCUGCUGACAAUUAUCAGGAGCUAUAUGAGUGAUAGGUCAUUGGUAUUCGGGGAGGACCAGCACAGGAGCAUUAACCGUGGCGUUCCCCAAGGGUCAGUGAUCGGGCCCCUGCUGUGGAACGUAAUGUAUGACGAUCUCCUUCGCAUCGACUUGGGUGACAAUAUCCCUGGGCACUCCUCGGCCGAGCUAGUUACCUUCGCGGACGACGUGGCGGUAGUGGUAUCGGGACACAACACCGAGCUACCUGAGAUAGCGGCAAACCGGGCUCUGGAGGCAGUUUCGUCGUGGAUGAAAAGAAACGGUCUAACGCUAGCGGCCCACAAGACGGAGGCCGUAGUGCUUACGACGAAAAGAGGGUACCAGAAACCGACAUUUAUGGUAGACGGAGUCCCUGUGGUACCGAAAGAGAAGUUAAGAUACCUUUUUUUUUUUUUUUUUUUUUUUUUUGUUUGA